AUGGAAAUAGGAAAACAUUGUGCAGUUAAAGAUUGCAACUAAUUAGAUUUUUUACCUUUUUAAUGCUCAGAAUGCAACAAAAAUUUCUGUUAAAACCAUAGAUACUAAUAAGAUCACAAUUGCGAAAAAUUGCAUGCUUAAAAAAAGGAAAUUGAUAUUCAUAAUGCUCAUAAAGCUCCAAAAUGCCCUGUUAAAGGAUGUAAAAAUGUGCUUUCUAUUGUAAAUGAAUUUACUUGUGAAAUUUGCAAGACAAGAGUAUGUUUGACACAUAGAUACGAAGAUGCACACGAGUGCAAAAGUUCUAAAAAUAAUAAAGAUGAAAAGAAAUCUUAAAAUAAAGAGUAAAAACCAGCAAUAGAAAUACAAAGUAAGCAAGAAAAACCUAAAAAAACAUCUUUUUUUAUGUGCUGCUUUAGUGGAAAGCCAAAAGUAGAUAAAAAAUAAAAACAAAAAUAAAGUAACAAUAACCAAGCCUAAAUAGUUUAGCCUUAAAAAUAAGCAUAAAAAUGA